CUUAGAGUCUUAGUUUUAAUAAGAAGUACCUUUACACUAUAUAUCACAUAACUAUUAUAUGGAACAAGAAAGAAACCCAAAAAAGAAGAAAUUCCGCGAGUGAGGUGAACCAUCUCACUCGCAUCCCGCCCGCCCACUCUCCCCGCCUAGGGAUGUGCCCGGUAACCCGUGGAGAUCAUGCUCGACACGGGAGACCGGUACUGUUAUUUCCCCUCAUGAGGCACACCCAAAUGGCCCAUCCACUGAAGGUAUGUCCAACUAGGUCAUAUGAGGGGGGAGAGUGACUGGAUGACCGGGAAGUUGGUGAUAAACCUCGUUCACGCCGAUUCUACAUAGUGAACAGCCCACAACACAAUUUCUAUUCCUACAAUCAUUUUCGCACCAGGAAAGCGAAAGCGGAGAUUAUAAAGAUUCUCGCUGCAAUUGAUGGGUCGCAGUCUUUCGAUGUGACUAUAGACAGAUCUUUAUAUGUGCUCGACUGAGUGUUACUCAGGAGCUAGCGUGCGGGAAUCUGGUAUAUGGAAUCCAUCCUCCAUGUCGCGGGAAAUGGUACCAAUAUCAUGCUGACAGUACCAAGAUCGCAGGGAAUACGCAUCCAGUCCGAUGUCCUGGAUCUUCCCAUUCGUAGCUUGCCACCGCCACAGAGCUUCCAUGUAAGCCUUUGAGCAGAACACGGAUGGUUUGGUUUUAGGUAUGUGGGUAUCAUGUAGAUAUGCAGUAGCAGUGUAUGUAUAGUACUCGUCUUUUGUUGUGGGCGCAUCCAAUCUUCACUGGUUGGUCUUGAAGACAGGCUGCUGUUCCAUCGUCUGCGAGAUGAAAUUGCGCAGCGCAGACCAGCGAUUGGCAGUCGAAUGAGCCCCGGGCGGUGCCUCGCUGGCAGUUUCAGCAGCAGGGGCAGGCUGCAUGCUCGCCAUCUGCGCCAUGUUCUUCGCAAAUCGGUCCCGUUCCACCUUCUCCAGCUUUUCACGACGCUUCAAAGCCCCAGGCUUGUGGCGGAGGGUCUUCUGCUUGAUGAUGUUCACUUGACUGGCAGCAUCAUGGGAGUUAUCGGCGGCAUCCGGUAGCGCAUCGGCGAGAGAUUCGAGGUUGGCGACCAAUUUUUUCGAGGGGCGACGCUUCUUGGGCGUCUUGGAGCUUUUCGCGAUCUUCGACAUUAGGGUCGCAUGCUUGAUCUGCCGCUUGUCUUUCUUGCUGGUACGGAACUCAUCCCCAAAUGGGGUAGCCUUGACAGGGCCAGUUCUCCCGGACUUUGUUUUCAUGAUGUAGGUUUGGUGGAGUAAUGAGAAGAUCGCGACGAGAAAGAACCGGUGCGUGGAGUAGUCGCGCACAAGCUGGCAGUCGAGCAUGUGAAGAGCGGCCGCAAAUUUGUCGCCCACCAACGGCCCCACAUGACCAGACCUCCCCCCAAUGGCCCUUGUCCCUGUUGGGCUCACCCAACGAUCCCAAAUGAAGCAAAGAAAAAAGUCAACCCUCUUGGACCACUCAAAGGACUCCAAUCUACUUUCCAUGAGAAUGCGCCGCCGCCCUGUGACGUGACCCCCCCCUACUUGUUGUGCAGAUCCACCUCAGGUGUCCUCCCCCGUGAAAAGACUUGCUCGCCCCGGCUCUGACAUCAAAACAACGCUGGAUACCCACCGAAACAAUCCAGUCCACACUGAGAUCAUUGGGACCGCAGCAGUGCAUGUCCUUGCCAAAGCGCCUUACUAGUCGGAUCUGCUUUCCUGGCCAGUCUCUCACGGGCCACUUGCCUCGGUCGCCUCUAGCCACUCGGACCCAACCCCCAAGCUAUUACCCCCGGUCGCCCCCGUCGGCUUCCCUAGCGUUCUUAAAAUCCGCCGCACUCCCCGGUCAACUUGCCGUGUGCAGAUCAUAUUCCUCGGCCUCGCUUUCGAAAAUGGGAUCUCUCGGCUCGUAUAAGCGCAAGCUCAAGGUCGCAGUAGUCGGCUCCGGCAACUGGGGUACCGCCAUUGCCAAGAUUGUCGCCGAAAAUGCAGCCGCCCACACCGAUAUCUUCGAGGAGAAGGUAGAAAUGUGGGUUUUUGAAGAGAACGUCGAGAUCGCAAAGGACUCGCCGCACUACGAUCCCGCUGUCGAGGGCCCUCAGAAGUUGACCGAGGUGAUCAAUCGCACCCAUGAGAACGUCAAGUACCUUCCAGGAAUCCGCUUGCCCACCAACCUGCAUGCCAAUCCCUCAAUCGAAGACACCGUCAAGGAAAGCACCCUCCUCAUCUUCAACCUCCCCCACCAGUUUAUCCUCAAGACCUGUCAGCAGAUCAAGGGCAAGAUCCUGCCCUACGCUCGCGGUAUUUCGUGCAUCAAGGGUGUCGAUGUCAACGAGGAGGGUAUCAGCCUCUUCUCCGAGACGAUUGGCAAGACCCUCGGCAUCUAUUGCGGUGCUCUUUCCGGUGCCAAUAUUGCCAACGAGGUCGCCCAGGAGAAGUGGUCUGAGACCUCCAUCGCGUACGACCCGCCGCACAUGGACUCCAAGGCGCCCACGCCCCAGCGCUCUCCGAGCUCCUCCCAGGUCGACCUGGUGCAGUUCCAGCACCGAGACACCUCGGGCGAGAUCUCGAAGGUGAAGCUGCAGGCUCUGCCGUCCGAUUACCCUCCCAUCAACCACGAUGUUCUCAAGACUCUCUUCCACCGCCCGUACUUCCAUGUCCGCGUAGUGAACGACGUCGCUGGCGUGUCCAUUAGCGGCGCGUUGAAGAAUGUCGUUGCUCUGGCCGCUGGUUGGGUGGACGGCAUGGGCUGGGGUGACAACGCCAAGGCUGCCGUGAUGCGCGUGGGUCUGAUGGAGAUGGUUCGCUUUGGAGAUAAAUUCUUCGGCGCGACCAUUGAUCAGCGCACCUUCACCGAGGAGAGUGCCGGUGUGGCCGAUCUAAUCACCAGCUGCAGCGGUGGCCGCAACUUCCGUUCCGCCAAGCACAGCGUUGAGCGCAACCUGCCCAUUGAGGAGAUCGAGAAGACCGAGCUAAAUGGACAGAAGCUCCAGGGUACCUUGACUGCCGUUGAGGUCAACAGCUUCCUGAAGAAGCAGGGUAUGGAGGAUGAGUUCCCUCUGUUCACUGCCGUAUAUCGCAUCCUCGAUGGCACUAUGAAAGUCGAGGAUAUUCCUUCCUAUAUCGAGCGUCCCCCAGUUUCUCGUCCCCCGACUUCUACUUCCAAUGUUGUUUCUCAAGGCGAGGAUUGCGAUGGCGCCCGGUAUGCAAAUGCGCGACUUUAGGCUUGAACUUUGAUUUCUGGACUGUUGGGAUUUUGGCUAGAUUUACGACUUGUACCUACGCAUUUUAUAUAUGAAAUGGAAUUUCAUGAUAAAACAUUAAUACUGAA